AGGCGAAAAUUUGUAAUAAAAGAUUGCGCGAUUUUUCCUUUUUUAUGUUUUUUAAAUAGCGCCACAGACGAAAAUUUGUAAUGAAAAAAUCGAGCGAUUUUUUAUUAGAAAUUUUCAUUUUUUUUAAAUUUAAUUAAUUGGUAUUGUAAAAAAUAGCGGCGCAGGCGUAAAUAUUUCCUUUUUUAAUAUUGCUUAUUAAAAAAUACAAAGAGAAUGGAAGACAUACUGUUAAAGAUUAUCAUCUGGCAUCACUGAUAAUUGGGCAUCUGUCGCAGUCAACAUAUAUACAUAUGUAUGUCCGGCCAUUAUAAAGUUGCUGGAUAACGCCAUUGUGCCGUAUACACAAACAUCUACCUAUGAUAUUGUCAAUUCUCUUUAUAUACUGCUACGCUAAGCUCAGGUUUGGGAGUUGUGAUUUAUAUUUUUUUAAAAGUUGUUAUGCGCACCUUGUGGUCGCCCAAUAAAUAUUUAAUUCAAGCGAAUUGCGUUUUUCUGAGUGUUUAGCGAGUUCCUAAACAUUUUUGGUGUCUCCUAUGAGGAAUGAAUUCAUAUCUCGCGAUCGGUAUUGCUUCAAUGAGUUAAGAAAUGUCGGCAUUAAAUCUGCGCACUUCAUCACGUACAUCAAUUUUGCGAAUUUGGUCACAAGUGGUAUCGAACGCACAAGAAGGUGAAAUCGCAGGUCACGAUGAUUUACUCUAUACCACAAAGGCCACUUUUAAUAAAAUCUGCAUUAAAUUGAAACGGAAAAUGUCACAACCCGCAAAGGUUUCAAACCUGGUGUAUAGUCGCGCUUCGGAUAUGCGUCUGGAUCCGGUAUCGAUCCCUAGUUUCGAUGGCCAACCCACAAAUUGGCUUGUUUUCAAAGACAUGUUCGAAACGCUCGUGCAAAAUCGACAUGGCUUCGAUCCCACCUAUAAGCUUGGUAAGCUGCGACAAUACUUGAAGGCGGAGAAGGUACUCCUUAUUGGUGGGUUAUACACCGGCGGGCACGAAGAAGUAUGGACCGAACUAAAACGACGUUACGACAAUCGUCGCACCUUAUCAGAGACCCACGUUCAACGGGUGCUAGAUCUACCAAACCAGCCGCUGGAGUCCUGUUCGACACUAAAUAACAUUUUAGAUUGCGUACGUAAUUCGUUUCGAGCGCUAGAGGUAAUGGAUGUGCCCGUUAGGCAUUGGGAUGCUAUAGCUAUACCAGUAAUAUUGCCUAGGCUUCCUACUGUGACCCGAACUGAAUGGGGAAUGAGUUUAAAGACCAAUGCUAUUCCGAAGUUAGAAGAUCUGAUGAGUUUUAUUGAACGACGAGCAGCUAACUUGCCAAAGUGUGUAACUGUCAGUACCCAGCCCACAGAGGGACGAGGAACACCGCAAUCACUAAAAGCACAUGUGUCUGCAACGUCUACUAAACUCGUCGGCUCAGUUGCAUCACCAGGUCGCUGCCCAUCCUGUUCAGAUGUCCAUCGCGUCAUCAAGUGCCAAAUAUUUCGGAGCAUGUCCGUGGAAAUACGAUGGGAGUUAGCAAGGAAAGCCGCGUUAUGCUUUAACUGUCUUAAGGCCGGUAACAGUACUCGGGAGUGUCAAUCGGGUAUGUGCGCAAACUGUCAGCAGAAGCAUAACAAAUUGUUAUGCAAAAAGCCGCAGCAAGAGGUUUCGAGACCCCAAACCACUACCUCAACUUCUGCCAUUAGCCCUAAUAGCGCAGCAGCCACAUCCUCCACGGUUGCUCCUCGAGUGCUUCCUCGACAACAAUGACAAACGUACGAGGUCCAGUCGCUUUUCCUGCAGUGCGACCUCCUCUUAGCAAUGGCCAAGGUGCUUGUAUGUGAUUAUAACGGACUUACGCGAGAAUGCCGUGCACUUUGCGAUAACGAGUCUCAGGUCAGCUUCAUUAGUGAAUCGUUAUUAUCGGCGCUCAAUCUACCUAGAAUUCCCUGUGAAUAUCGAGUGCAAGGCAUGGAUAAAAGUUCUUCAACGCGUACUAAGGACGUUGUCGAGGCUACCAUGCAAUCCUGUGUAGAUAAGGGGUUCCGAAUCAACGUUAGUAGCUAUGUGAAUGAUUCAAUUACACCGGAGACUCCUGCCGCUGCUAUCGAUGAAGAAGGCUACCAGCAUUUACGUGAUCUUCCAUUAGCUGAUCCAACAUUUGGUCUUCCAGGGCCGGUAAAUUUACUCCUUGGAGCGGACAUCUGGCCGUCAUCGUUAUAUAUAUUAUUGUUAUAUAUUGGAGCCCAGAACGAACCAUGUGCAUUGAAUACGCGUUUAGGUUGGAUCGUACUUGGUCCAACAGCAGCUAAUACAUCCGCGUCGCCACUCCUCUCAUUGGUAGCGGACGUCGGCAAUGACGAUAACACUAUACACAACUUUUACAGCGGUUCUGGGAGAUCGAAGAGCCAUCUAUUGAAACAAUGUCCGAAAUAGACGUUUGUGAAGACUGUCACGCGAUGUUCAGAUGGUCGAUGCUGUAUAGAGAUACCGUUCCGUCUCGAUGCAUCGCGCUUGGAAGGUCACACCCAGCUGCCCUGCGACAAUUUUUUCAACUCGAAAGAAGACUAGAAAUCGACUCAACAAUGAGGGAGAAUUAUAUUCGGUUUAUACACGAGUACGAGGACCUAGGGCACAUCGAGGCUGUUGAUAUCACCGAUGAAGAUCCGAGUCAAUGCUUUUACAUACCACAUCACGCGGUUACGACUAAAUUCCGUGUAGUGUUCAAUGCUUCAGCAAAAAUAUCAACCGGUGUGUCUUUGAACGACACGCAAUUUUCUGGGCCACCACUGCAAGAUAAUUUAUUUGACAUCCUUCACAGCUUCCGUCGCUAUGCUGUAGCCCUAACAUCGAAGGUGGCAGCAGCUUCUUUGGAGAAAAUCCCUGCAUGAACACUUGCGCACCUUCAAAACUGUAACAUACGGUAUGGCAAGUGGGCCUUUCAACGCCAUUCGGACAUUGAAGCAAUGUGCUCUUGAAAAUUGGGGAGUUAUCGCCGACGUCAGCCGGGGAGCCGCAGCACGAGACGGCAUUCUCCAAAGCUUCUAUGUCGACGACUACUUAGACAGUGUUCACACUGCAGAACUGGUUAUCAAUCGCGCGCGCGACGUUGGUGACAUUCUCCGGCAAGGUAAAUUUGAGUUAGCAAAGUGGAACUCGAAUGAAUGUGGAGAGGAACUUGGGCGAUUCUAACACUACGGUACUAGGCCCGUUUUGGAAUCCCAUCACCGAUCUUUUGUUUUUUAAGGUUAAGGUAAGUAAAGUUGAUAGCAGUCCUACUAAACUAACGGUCUUAAGUGACAUUGCCAGGCUAUACGAUCCAGUGGGGUUGUUGGCCCCGGUUGUUGUGACAGCGAAAAUGCUGGUUCAAAGGCUUUGGGUGGCCAAACUAAGUUGGGACUCCCCUUUGCCAUCUGGGCUAUCUGAAAUUUGGCUGAAAUUUCGAGAUAGUCUCAUCGAACGAGUUAGAAUACCACGUUGGCUAUGCAUUUCAGAAACGUCAAUACCAACGUUGCACGGGUUUUGUGAUGCGAGCACCAAAGUUUGUGCCGCAGUUGUUUACAUAGAGUGCAGUGAUCUCAACGGGGAGUCGCAUUUCACCCUAGUGGCAGCCAAGACAAAGGUUGCACCGCUGAAGGAAACUACUAUUCCCCGUCUGGAGCUAUCUGCCGCACAACUUCUAACCACACUCAUGUAUAAUGUACGCCGCGCUCUUCGUUUGGAGGAUGCUACAUAUAACUUAUGGAGUGACUCCACGAUUGUCCUUCACUGAUUCGUCGGCAGCCGGCUUCAUUGAAACAGUUUGUAGCUAACCGCGUAGCAUACAUACAAUCGAAAUCAUACUCCGAUACCUGACGCCACAUUAUAUCCGAAUUUAAUCCCACCGACUGUGUGAGUCGUUGAAUACCUGCUUCGGAAAUAUAAAAUAAUCUACUUUGGUGGGGUGACCCAACCCUUUUUCAUCAGGUCGAGAAGGCGUUAUCAGAACUCCCUGACUUGACAACGACGAACAACAAGUCUUCAUCAUUUAGAGCCGUGCACUUAAUACCUUUCUUGGCGUGGGAGUCGAGGCGCGAUUAUUAAUGCCGUUAUUUGGAACACAGCGAAUUCCUUUGAUAGAAAAAUUUAGCCGACUGGAAGCGCUACUCAAUACGACCGCGCCCAUUCGACGCCUAAUUCACUCCUUUCGGGAGCUUCGCUCAAACGAGGUGGCUACAGCAGAGGAGAAGGAAUGGGCAUUGAACAUUCACAUACGUCAAAGUCAAGCGUUGGCGCGUCGAGAAAACUGCUCCCGCUGGACCCUAUUUUAGACGAAUGAGGUACCCUACGAGUCGGUGGACGUUUAGCUAAUGUAGAAUUGCCAGCUGAUCAGAAGCAUCCAAUAAUUCUUGCCAAGAAAUGCGCUUUGGCAAAAUUACUAGUUAUCGAUGCUCACCGACGAUGUGUGCAUGGCGGGAUACAGGAGAUGCUUUACUACGUGCGAUCGAAAUUUUCGAUUAUACAUGCCCGACAACUUGUGAAGUCAUGUAUCCACCAAUGUGCUGUAUGCCGGCGACAUUCUCAAGCCACCCAGCAGCAGCAGAUGGCGUCCCUUCCUAAAUCGCGGGUGAUGGUGGCGCCACCUUUCACCCAUACCGGAUUCGACUACUGUGGCAAAUUCAACGUUUGACUUGGAGGAAAGCAAUCCACUACUUUGGUCAUAUCAUAUGGUGCGAUAUUUAUCUGUAUUGCCACCAAGGCUGUACAUAUUGAGCUUGCGAAGAGUUUGUCCAUUCAGUCAUUUACCGAUAUAUUUGACCGCUUUAUAAGCAGACGGGGACUAUGUUCCAUACUAUAUAGCGACAAUGGAAUGCAGUUUGUGGAGCUCGAGGAUCGACAAAUGCGUGAAGAUUUACGAGACUGGGAAAUAUUUACGCAAAACAACACGUAGCAUCAAUUGGUAAAAGGUGGAAAUUUACCACUACAGCCGCACCUCAUCACGGAGGAUUAUAGGAAGCAGCUGUACGUUCAGCCAAGAAGCACCUGUAUAUGAUUAUCGGCCGUCAGACCCUACGCUUUUAUGAGCUAAGUACGUUGCUCAUUAGAAUCGAAGCAUGCUUAAACUCGACCCACUCGUUCCCCUAUAUGACGAUUCCAGCGGAAGUUUGGCACUCACACCCGGCGACUUUUUGAUUGGUCGACAGCUGAACCCACGUCCCGAGCCACCUUAUUGUCAAUAUUCCCGAAAAUCGUUUGAUAUAUGCGCAACAAUUACAUAAAAUGGCGCAGUAAACAUACAAACAUAUGUCACGCCAUUAUACAGUUGCUUUAUCACGCCAUUGUGCCGUAUACAAGUUAACGCCGUUAACAUUUAAACUCCACACACGAAUAUUCCCACGCUUACAUAGGCUACCUGCAUUACUCACAUUUACACAAGUUGCCUGCAU